GAAAACGGUCAAUUUCUCCUUCUGUUGAAUCAAGAGAAUCCAAAAAGGGAAAAACCAUAGAGGCGGAAUUUAGUAACAUUUGUGAUUUGAUCGAACAUUUACGAAAUAGUAAAAAAGAGGUUAUUGCAUCAACGUCCAGUUCAACCAGUAUUGAAGAUAAGAUUGAAGGAAUGAGUAUAAAAGAGGAAGAAGUUAACCCAUCCAAUAUUAUUAAAAACCCUCAAAACAAACCUCUUGCACUUCUAAGAGUUCCGAUCACAAGUUCCUCGUCACCGGCACUUCAGCCAGUUCAAAGCGAAGACUUCUACUUUUUUGAGGAUCUUAAUCUCAGUUUCGGUCGUUAUAAUGAUUUCUCAACUCACUUCCAGUCCUCCGAAACGUGGUACCUAGCGGAUGGUAUUUUAUCUCCCAAGUUAGUCCCGGCGAAAACGGUGGUUGCUUUAUCGCCAAAAGGCGUAGUUAAAGAUGAAUUUCAAGAAUUCGGAAAGGAUCUUGUACAGACAUUUUACAUGUCACCUUGGUCACUAGAGGAGUUGUUAUUUUGCCGGAAACACGUUUUCCCGGACGUUCCUGAAGACAUAAUGUUAGCUCUUUAUGACAAGGCAGGCGGUGUGCCAAGAUACGUUUUCCGGAGGGUUGAAAGCUCAUUGAAAUAUGAUUUAGAUCCAAAAACACCCGAAGGGAAAGAGAUGAUCAUAAAGAAAGCUUUUGAACGCGUUGAAUUUGCUCUUUUGCAAGUUAAAAACUUCGACGAUCUUAUAGCUUGCUUCACCGAAAACGCCUAUUUUGUUCAAUAUAGCAGUCGCCUUGUUCAUCGAUGGCCAGAUCCUUCUUAUAAUAAUUAUCACCUUCAAUGGGCUUCUCGUUAUAUAUACGAUGAGAUCGAGAGAAGACUAGAGAAACAGUCAUGGAGCUUUCUUUUAGAGAGGAUCCAAAUGAUGAGAAACUACCCCAAUGCUAGAGGGAUUAUGUUCGAGAUGUACGUAAUCCAUCUUUUCCGGUCUAGUAAUGAUGUAUACGCUAUGAGAAAACUGCAGGAAGACCCUAAGACAACACAUAUUGAGGAAUUUUCCAUGGGUAAAUCGCCAACAGUUAGUAAUAUUCGGACUGCAAAGGAACUUUCAAGUAAAAGUGAUAAGACAAUUAUCCUUCCUGAAACAUCAAAUUUUGGUGCGGUAGAUCUAUUUUACACACCAGAUAUGAUGUUUCAGGUUACGGUGUCCAACAAUCAUCCAAUCAAACAAGUCGAGCUAAUUAAUAUAGUUGAAAAUAUGCCGGCCUAUAAAAGGAAUAACCCGAUUUAUUUAGUCUUUGUAGUACCGGACGAUAUAUAUGACACUUAUAAGUAUCAAGAUAUUGUAACAAAAGAUGCGAACAGUAGGAGCUUUCGAAAGGUCAAAAAACAGGACGCUAAACUCGAUAAUGUUCAACAAUGGGUCUUAAAAAUCGAUACUAGUAUGAGUAAGUCGACUAAGUUUGUAAAAGCAAAAGUUGAUUCACCAGUAACGACAGAUGAUACUAGUAUGAGUAAGUCGACUAAGUUUGUAAAAGCAAAAGAUUUUAUGCAAAGCCUUAAAUUCGGAUUAUCAUCCGGAUCUUCAUCUAUAGUUGGGUCAGAUUCAUCUGCAAUAGUGCCACCA